UAUUCCUAUAUAAGUGCACUACAUAGGGUGUGAAAUAACAACAUCUUUGUGUAGUGCGUUAAAUAUCCAAAAGAGCCGCAUUUGGGAUCGAACCUGCGUUUCCUAGUUAGUCAGGUGAAAACAUUGGUCGUCAAUAUAAAGAUUAAUAAGACAUGAGCAUGGCUUUAAACGUCAAAGAAACACAGAGUAUCAAAGAGGCAGUAACGCUUAUCAACUCUAUAGAGGUCAACAAACUGUCCAGACUUCUCUCUCGCAUUCUUCAGAAACUUCAUCUUAAGGGCGAGCGUUCCUUCAGUGAUGAUGAAGAGCAGAAGUUACAGACUGCUUUGGCUUUAGAGAAACAAGCCCUUCAGCUGGUGCUUGAGACAUCCUCGUUCUUAUUAGAACAGGCUGUGUAUCACAAUAUUAAACCAGCAUCUCUAAAGCAACAGCUUGAAAACCUCCACAUUGCCCCAGACAAAGCCGAGGCAUUUAGUCAAGCUUGGGCUACAGCUGGUCCAGAUGUGGUAGAAAAGAUUAGACAGACCAUAUUUGCCCCCAAAAAGCUGGAGCAUAUAGGCUGGCAGCUCAACCUUCAGAUGGGCCAGUCAUCACAGGCUAAGCAAAAAGAGCCUCACGCCGUGCUAGACCUGGGAAUCAGAGAGGAAGAUGAUUCUGAGCAUCUACAGAAGGUGCAUGUGGAAUUCAGCCACCAGGAACUGUUGGAGUUCUACAACAAGCUUGAGACGAUUCAAGCCCAGCUGGAUUCCCUGACUUGAUGCUCAUGGUACAUUUCAUGAGGGCAAAUGCGCAGUGUAUCAACCACGUUUGAUACACUGCGAUAGAGUCCAUGAGUCUAGUCAAAAAUGGAUUGGUGUCCAUUUUUUUUUUGUUCUUCUUCAUUUCUGUCUAAUUACUGUAAAUUGGUCUAAAAGGUCUAUGUCGAAUUUGUCAUUUGUGUUUCCUGCCUUUUGUGUGACUCUGAUAUCAGAAAUAAUUCAAAACACAAACGUCAUUCCCAUCGUACUCUAGACAAGGUUAUUGUUUCUAGUGGUUGAAUUUUUUUGUAUAAUUGAAUGAAGACAAUAGAGUAAAAGAAACAAGUAAAACAGCAGAUGCUUCUUCUCAAUUCGUCUAACCAGAGGUUUCAACAUUUAAACGUGUGAGUGUGAAGUCACACUCUUGAACAGUUACUAAGCACUCUUGGGCCUGUGUGUCAGAUGGCUUUACAGUUUUAACUUUCAUAAAUCUGUCAUAAAAUGUGGCAGUGCUUUCAACUUGUGCUAAUUGAGAUUUCUUAAAACAAAUGUGUACUUAAAUGCUUUGUGCCAGUCUCUAAGGUUUGUGUUGUGUUUCAAUAAGAAACAGAUGACUAGUCCUUAAAAAAAAAAACAAGCUGUUCCUUAUAUUUUCAUACGUUUCUGUGCUGCAAAUGUGACAUUAAAUUUGUAAUGGAAUUGCCAACAGUGGUGUAUUUCUAAUAAACGUGUAAUGAUCCCCUGUAAUGAGAGGUCAUUUCACAAUGAUUUUCA